AACAUCACGGAGUGAUUAGACGAUCGGAUGUCGGGCUUGGCGAACGCCUCGCAAUCUGAGUUGCGCACUUACAGGUAUGCCCUCGGCGUCGACUCGUCAAGACCAUCGAUCGCAGAUGCCCUAUCCGAUUGGGAAUGGCCGUCCCGGAAUCCGCAGCGGCGCAGUCGUCCCGCACGAGCAUGCGUGGAGGAGGGCAAUCUCACCUUGAUCACGRAGGAGCGGCUGGUGUUUCUGACUCAGCUGSUGGAUGAUCUGCCCCUAGACAUCUUGUCACGCAGUGACGAGCAGCCUGRCACCCACGUGCUGUCUCGAACGCUCRAGCCGCACCUUGUGUGGUCCACGUGUACGGAGAUUGACGAGGACAACUGUCUCUAUCCCUCCCAGGCGCUUUACUUGGAGAUCGACGUUACCGAUCUCAUGUAUUGGGACCUGAUCGCGAGGAGAAACGCGGCGCAGGACGAGGAGAUAGGGGGGGCAGAGGAAGAGGAGGAAGARGAGGAGCCAUCGAGUGRAGAACGAGACGAUCCAGACUACGUCCCRGRAAGAGAAAUGGGGAUAGCUAGCGGAUCGAGCCAGCCGUGUAAAAAGAACGAAGAGGAGGAAGAGUAGAGGAAGUGGAAGCGCCAAGAGACCGCGGAGGGAAAGCGACCCACAACAAACGUUUCUCCUAUCG